AUGAAUCAAGCAGCACGUGCCCUGAAUGAAAUAUCACAAAGCCUUAAUUUCAACAAGAGACUUCCUCCUUUGGAUGCCUAUGAAGGUCUAGAUACACCUCCACAACUUGAAUACGCGGAUCAGACUUCCUGGAUUACUAAUCACGCAAAUAACUAUGCUCCUUCUGCCAUCGUUCUCUCCCAAGCAAAACUUCGUCAUCCAAAUGUUGGAGAGGUAUACAUCAAGUGGAGAAGUCAAGACAUGCUUGUCAAACGUCUCUGGGAGGAUGUGAAAUUCCCUGGUGUAGAUCCAGAUCCAGUCUAUACACAAAUCCGAAGAAAAUACUGUGCAGCUGUUAAAAAGUUGAUCAAUGAGAAGGCAGAAAAAAGGAAGAGGAUGACAUUGCUGCUCUACACGAAAUUUGAGGUUAGUACCGAGAGCUUCACUGACCGCGUUCGUGCUAUCAAGGCCAAGAAGGCUAAGGAGGCGCAGGAGGCUAAGGACGCUGAGAAGAGAAUCCAGGAGAUUGAGGCAGAAGAAGAGAGAGAAGAGAUGAUGGAGCAGGGCGAAGACGAGGACUUUGUAGUUGUGGAGAUGGAGGAUGCGGAUGAUGAGGAUUUCGAAUGGGAGGGUGAUGAUUGGGAUAUGUCGUGA